AUCUGGAAAUGUUGCUAGAUUUUCCCCUAGUUAAUUCGUCUUACAAGACGGGGGCCCACGCCGUAAAGGGGCCGGAUCCGCUGCUCGGGGUCCAAAAAUCGACUUUUUCGUCUCCGAGCACCGAGAAACAUCCACAAUCAACUCACCCGUUGUGCAACUCUGCGAACUGCAACACUUACCUCCUUUUAUCUCCAUAGAAUUGUUGAGUCUAGAAAAAUGUCUCAAUCUGCGGUAACGAUGCCGCUCGGUGCCGAGGACGAUCUUAAAAGUUAUUCGUGCUUGAUUUGUCGGCAGCGAAAGGUCAAAUGCGACCGACGCAACCCCUGUUCUAAUUGCGUCAAGGCCGAGAAGCAAUGCAGCUUCGUCGCCCCAGUGCGAGGAAAGAGAAAAAGAACUAAAGCGCCCAGAGAGAGUCUCCACGCUAAAUUGAAACGGCUUGAGGAGUUAUUAAAAUCGUAUGGCGCAAAAACUGAGCUGUUCGAUGAUAUCGACUCCUCCGACUCGGAGUCGAUAUCUCACCUAGAUGAUGAGAUCGCUAGGUCUCGAAGCCCAAGCCAUAGCGAACCCUUCUUCAAGCUAGAAGAUAGUAAACCGACGCUUAUAACAAAAGAGGGGACAUCGAGAUAUUUUGAUAUCACGCCCUGGGCUACGAUAGGAGAUGAAUUUCAACAUCCAGAGGUUGGUGAGCCAACAGAUGAGGCAAAUUUUCACGAAAGUGGGAUUUUCUUCGAGUCGGAACCAAAUUACGCCUUCGACAAUAUCGCAAGCCUACAUCCUUCUUUGUCGGUAUUGGAAAAGAUGAAGGAAGUAUUUAUUGAUCGAGUUGAUCCUCUGAUGAAGAUACUCCAUAUCCCUACGUUCUGGACCGCGCUAACAGACACGCUGCGGAAUCCUCAUAACCGCUCCAGAAGUUUGGAAGCAUUAAUAUCAUCCUUCUAUUUUGUAGUCAUCACAUCUUUAGCAGACGAGGAAUGCCGAAGCUUGUUUGGAAUAGAGAAAUCGAUACUAUAUUCCCGUUACAGACUUGCAACUCGCCAGGCUUUAGUACAUGCUGGAUUUCUAUCUACUUCCAGUCCAAUGACGCUUCAGGCGUAUGCAAUUUUCAUGAUAUGUGUAAGAAAGAAUUACAGACAUGAUACCCUGUUCGUAUUAUCAGGAGUGGCGAUACGACUGGCUCGGAAAAUGGGAUUACAUCGUGACGGUUCGCUUCUGGGGUUAUCUCCAUUCGAAGCUGAAAUGCGGAGGCGGCUUUGGUGGCACCUUGUCCAUGUGGACUUUCGCUUGGCUGAUAUCCUCGGCACGAGGCCUUCGUUAGAUCUUGUUUCUAAGGAUACUAAGCUACCGCUAAAUGUCAACGACGAGGAUCUCGAUCCAAGUAUGGUCGAUUUGCCACCGGAGCGUAACGGCAUCACUUCUAUUUCAUUCUGCUUGAUCCGAUGCGAGAUACUAAAAGCUAUGGAAAGGUUCGUGUCAGUAUCUACUAAUGGGUUACACUGGGAAGCACUCCGCGGAUCAGACGUUCCUCUCGCCGAAAAGGACCGCAUCAUAGAUCAGAUUGAAGAUCAUCUCGAAACCAAGUAUUUACGGUAUUGCGACCCAUUGAGUUCGCUUCAUACUUUUGUAUCAAUCAUGGUCAGGUCAUCAAUCGGGAAGAUGAGAGUCUUUAGUCACAGCCCCCGGUCGUCCGCCAACAGGCCGAUCAAAAUGCCACAGAGCGAGCGCAACAUAGUAUUCGCGAACUGCAUGAAACUUUUGGAAUAUUUAACCGUGCUACAUGGCGGCCCGAACAAUAUGGAGAAAUACAUGUGGCAAUUUGGUACUAGCUACCUCUGGGGGACGAUGCUCUACGUGCUUAUCGAAACCCGAAAUCGUAAAAAGGGGCCCGAGGUUGAUAGGACGUGGCAGUUGAUCGGAGAAGUCUACUCACACUACCCCCCGAUGUUUGAGGAAUCCGCGGGACCCGUAUUCGCGGCGAUAGGAAAAUGGACACUGCAUGUUUGGAAUGAGUGUGCCGCGGCUUUAAAAGCCGAAGGACAGCCAGAACCGCCAAUGCCCCGGUAUAUCGAGAGGAUCCGUCGCUGCCGUGAAAUGUCGUCGGAACCAUUAUUCAAACCCAAAGGUCCGGCGGUGGAUUAUGAGCCUAUUGCGUCAAAUUCAUUUGACUACACCAGGACGCAACCUCAGGAGUACGAAGGACACUUCACUGACUUGGAAGCUUUUGGACCUUGUGAUUUCUCAGAUCUUCUAUCUCUCCAGAUGGAUUCGAACGAGUGGAUACAAUGGGAUCAGAUAAUUUCACAACAGAGCGGCUUCCCUUGACUCGAUAGGAUAAUAACCGUUGAGUUAAGGGAAUAUGGUUUGUGGAUAGGGUUGGACGAAGGGGCUGUGGAAGAGCAUAUCGAGAUCAGAUAGCUACCUAGCUUAGAGCAACUAGAUUACUUGAGUACGUCUGGUUUUUUACCCCUUAUUCAUCUUAGAGCUUGCUAUCACUUGCAGA